UUUCAUUGGCUCAAAUAGGAUUGAAGUAAUUCUUCUAGAAGUUAUAAACUAUUUGAGGCGCUGCUGCUUCCGCCCCCCGCCGCCGCCGCCGCCGCCGCCGUGCUGCUGUUCUAUCACACAUUUGUCGAAAUUGAGUUCUCAGCCUAGUGUGUUGACUUCCUAGACGUGCAAAAAGUGUCAUGGAGCACGGGUCGAUCCAGGAUCAAUCUCAAGCAACAUUCUCGUUGACAGACGAAGACCACACUCUAGCAAACUCAGUUAGAUAUAUUCUUAAUCAAGACCCAAGAGUAACAUUUUGCGGUUACAGCAUACCACACCCUUCCGAUGCUCGGGUGAACAUCAGAGUGCAGACUACUGGCGACCCAGCUCGCGAGGUAUUGAAGGAUUCGUGCCAGGAUCUAAUGCUCGUAUGCAAGCAUGUCACGAGCACCUUUGAUCAGGCUGUAAUGGAGUUCAAGAGUAAGCAAGGCAUAGAAUCCAUGAAUAUUACACCCUAAUAUAUAUGGUGCCCUUAUAAGCCAUAUUUCCAUGUAGAAGAAGUUAUCAUAUUAGAGAAAUCUUGAGCCAUAUAUGAGUGUUUUGGUUUCUGUUGUUUCCUGUUGCUAUCUUUUUGUAGUUAUUUCUAACCCUUCAUAUUAGAUGGAGGUCAUUUUCGGCAAACAAAUAUUAGUAAUUGAUAACAAAAUUAUUAUACAGAUUAUGUAAGAUGUACGUAUUUUCAAGUAUUUUCAUGACCAUUUUUGCAAUUUAAGCCUACCUUUUUAAGGUUUGCAA